CGAGCUUUCAAAGAACUGAGGAUCUGAAGACACAGCAUCAUCCCACCGCUGUCAAAACACCUAGCAGAUGAAUCAGGCACUCGGUCUGAGGCAGCUUUCCAGUCGUGCGCGUCAAGAGGGGGGGAGAAGAGCAACAUACCAGCUGCUGUUUUUGAAAAAAAGGAUUCACCGCAGCCACACAAAUGGAGAAUGUGACAGUCAGCCUACAGGACAACUCCACUAAGUGCGAGUCCAUCGAUGACUUCCGUAACCAGGUGUACUCCACUGCCUACUCCCUCAUCACUGUUUUAGGCCUGGUUGGGAAUGGCUUUGCCCUGGUGGUGCUUGUUAGAACGUACCGCCAGAGCUCACCCUUUCACGUCUACAUGUUGAACCUGGCUGUGUCUGAUCUGCUGUGUGUCAUGACGCUGCCGCUGCGAGUUCUCUACUAUGUAAAGAAGGGAGACUGGAACCAGGGGGAUUUCCUCUGUCGCAUCAGCUCCUAUGCCCUCUAUGUAAACCUCUAUUGUAGUAUUUACUUCAUGGCUGCUAUGUCUGUCACACGUUUCUUGGCUAUUGUUUUCCCUGUGCAGAACCUGCGGCUGGUGACAGAGAACCGUGCACGCCUUGUUUGUGGGGCUAUCUGGGUGGUGAUCUGUCUUUUAUCCUCACCCUUCCUGAUAUCUGGCCAGAAGUUUGAUCCAGUAACAAAUAAAACCAAAUGCUUUGAGCCACCUCCACCAGGUAAAAGUUUGACAAAACUAAUCACACUGAACUAUGUGUCUCUGAUGAUUGGCUUCGUCCUGCCCUUCCUGAUCAUCCUGCUUUGCUAUGCCGGCAUAGUCCGAACCCUUCUUUCCCGCACCCAUGCUGCCCGCCGUCAGCGAGGCACAGGCACCAAAGCCAUCCGGAUGAUUGUCAUCGUUCUGCUGACCUUCCUAGUCAGCUUCAUGCCUUACCACGUGCAGCGCACCGUGCACCUGAACUCCCUGUCUCGGGCCAACGCGACCCACUGCGAGACGGUUUCCAUGCAGAAGUCUGUGGUGGUGACACUGUGCCUGGCUGCUGCCAACUCGUGUUUCGAUCCACUGCUUUAUUUCUUCUCCGGGGAGGGUUUCCGCAGCCGCCUGUCCUCCCUACGCCACUCAGUGAAGUCAAGCACCAUGCGCCGCACAAACAGGCUGAAGCCUAUCACAGGCUCAGACUCAGGGGAAAACCACCAGCUGAAGACAGGUUGAACAACACCAUGCAAAGACAAGUCGGCAGACAAGCACAUCUUUAUUAAGGGCUCAGGGUGACUAGUGCUCUCACGCAGAAAGAAGACAGAAGUUUUUAAAAAUUGUUGCCGGAUUUAAGUAUUUAAACAGAAUGUCUCCAGAGGAUAAUUGUCAUGUAAGUUGAUAUUUAUUAUCCCAAAGUAUUUGUUAAAUAUUUAAGUGAUGUUCUGUGUUGCCAGUAUAAUAAAAACAGCCUAUUAUGUUUUAAAGAUUGUGGUAUAAAUGCAAUUAUAUACAUUAUAUCACUGCCUGAAUGUAUUUAUAUUACAGUGUAGAAGGCUGUGAUGUUUUAGCUGGAGUGUCAAGAAAGUUGAGGUUUGAACAUUGCGACUUGCAUAUGAAGGGUUAAACUCUGCCUCAUGUAUGUAAAAUACUGUAGAAAAACAGCACGCUCAAGACUGUGGAUCUUUACAUUUCUUUAUGAUUGUUCCAUUUCAUUUUCUUUUUUACGUUUUUUUUUUUUUUUUUUGGAUGCCUUUGUGGAAAUGUCUGUUUUUCUUUAUAAGUUAUCAUUUCUUCAUUGCUUGUUUUCAUGUGUUUUUGGUUUACUCUGGGACCUCUAGGAAUUUUGAACAUUUCUUUUUAAGUAAUAAACGUUUACAUGUUUUUCAACGUAAAGGCCCAAGUUGGAGGAAAAUUUGGGGAUUCUGGAGUGCACCUUUAAAGCAAUAGUUGACAUUUUGGGAGAUUAUCACUGUACUCAUGUGAAACUGCAGCCAAAUGA